AUGUCAACCUGUGAACCCCUCCAAGGCAACUCAGAUUUCUACGGCCUCGGAAUCCGCAUCGGCAUCUACCUACAAUGGGGCUCCUCAUGGCUCAGUAUGCUCCUCGAUCCCGAGUCGGCCCAGGGGGUGCUCGAUGCUAACUCCAUCUUUGUGUUCGCCGUCGUCAUCGCCACCAUAAUUGCCGCCACCAACAAUGCCCCGGCCAUUGAGAUGUACAUCAUGCUGCAGAUCCUGCUCGGUUUCCCCAUCACGUCGCUCAGCGCGUUUGGGAUCCGAAUCUGGUUGAUGAGCCCCAGACGGCUUGACAGCUUGCGCACACGAAUCACACAAAGGUGGAGAGAGGACCGGGAGAAGCGACGCCGAGUACAGCAACAGAAUAACGAGAGGCAGAGACAGAGUAUAGAGGCUCGGAAUGAAGCAUUUGAGGAGUGGCAGCGGGAAAGGGUACUGCGACGCGCGGCUAGGAAUCUCCCAUGGUGGCUCAACUGGGCUUUUGAAGCAGUUGAAGUUUUGGACUUCAUGAGAUUCACGUUCCCAAGGCUCCCAGAUACGGGUGUCCCAGGUGGGACAAGACAAGAUUUGGUUUCCCAACUACCUCCGCCAUUUGAUGGUCUUUACGUCCUUUGGCACUUCCCUGUGCAGCUCCCUCUCAAGAUAUUUUCCCCUCUCAAAUUCCCCGGCCUUUCGUGGUCGGGGGUGGUCUGGAGGACCACCAUCAUCACCCUAAUCAUCGGAUAUAACCUGGCAUACUGGUUCGACGAGAAUGGCCACGGCGUCUUCGAACCGCCCACCUCGGGGUGCGGCCCUCCGGUGGUCUUUUUGUUCUCCAAGAAGCAGCUACUUCACGGCGCCAUCAUCUCGUUGGGGCGUACGGUAGCGGUCAUAGCCGUUGUCGUCGUCGGCCCACCGGCUUUUACACUGCUCAUGCUCACGCUACGAAUCCAUGUGUACGCCGUUCUCUUUCUUUACCGCGAUGUGUAUUUUUAUUUUGCUUCUUCGCCAAUGGAGCAAACCCUUCAGACCGCAUUGGACCGAGUCAACCAAGUGCUUCAACACAAGGCCGUCCCCAUAUUGCAAAGCCUCGAGGCAUACACUGGAUACUUACCUGCAACCGCUAUCACCACCACCGCCGUAAUGACGUCGUCAUUGGAUCUAUUCGAGUUUAUGACGACAUUCAAGGCCGACAACAUCCGCUUCUCCGAUGUGAUCAAGGUCGGUGUGUCAUUGGGCUUGGGCAAGGCGGUAAGGCAGGGCCCGGUACAGCAGGGGCAGCGGUCGAUGAGCAGAGCGGAGACCAUGCUCACAGGAUGGAGAAACAAGACACCGACACGGCUCACCGGUUUCUGUAUCGCGUGGAACAUCGGAGUCCUCCUCAGUGUCGCUUGGUUUAUUAUCAGUAUAGAAACCACCAUCUCCUGGAACAAUAUCCAGGGUGUCAACAACAUCGACUCGACCGGCCAGCUCAUCCCCUUUAUCAUUGGGUGCGUAAGCGCGUCGCACGCCUUGAAGAAGGUACUCCUUUUGGCGUUGGGAAAGAAAUAUCCCGACUGGGCCAACACGCAUCUUGAAGUCCAGGACGAUAAGGAUGGUCCUGUCAUCUUCCGAAUCGUGAAACAGCCAGCGAGCAACGCCGAUGAUAACCCCGAUGACGGUGCUGAGGGAGGUCAGCCUGAGGGAGGCAGCAACGGAGAAGAUGCGGCUCAAGAGAAUGGUAUAAUGUUGGCUAAUGUGUGA